GACUAAGAGGUAAAAAACAUCAACCCACAAUCUUCUUCAGAGCCGCCCUUCGCUAGCGUUGAUUUCUGCUCUGGACGAGCAUGCAAGGGAGUGAGGGAGGUUGGAAGUGGGCGUCUGCUUGUUGGGUCUUUUGAUUUCUGCCUCCUGGACUCUCUUGAGCAGUUCGGGAGAGUUUGGCAUCAGCAACCAGGUUUUGCUUGUUGACACUCUCCCACACGCACGCAUCCACCCCACGCGUAUGCAAACACACACCCUUCCCAGUUAUUGCGCUGCUGGACUCAGCUCGUUUUUUGGCUUCGCGAGUAGGAAAAGAGUCAGUCGAGGACGCAGAGGAGACGCAGGCGCUUGUCUGUCUCUCUUGCUCCUAUUCUGAAUGAAACCGGGUCGAGAGAAAAAGUGACUUUACAGACGGGAUUUAAAGGAAGUGAAGUGCGGGGACUCAAGCGGAAAAGAGAGGCCGCCUUUUUGCUGUUCCCCAACGGACGCACCCGAGAGACCAAAGAGCGCGCAAGCGGCUGAAAAGGGGCAGUUGCCGAGAGGCGUGAUGGCGAGGCUUUGGAAAGCGGAGGUAGCGGCUGCUGGAGCGCUUUUACUUUUGCAGUGCUUGGCUGAUCGGAUACAAUUCAUCGGAGCCAUGAAACCGAAGCAGAGUCUCGGUGCAUUUUAUGAAAUGGUUCAGAGCUUCCCUCGAGUGGAGGAAAAAGUGCACAUGGACUCCUACAGAUAUAGCCACAGAUGGAAACGACAUUCGGAAUUGCUCAAAUCAGUGGACACCAACAGAGCCAGCAUAGGACAGGACUCCUCAGAACAUGGAGGUUUUACAGAUCUACUUCCUGAUGACACACAUGAUAAUACUACGCAAAUUGAGGAAGACAUGGAUCACAAUUAUUACAUUUCAAGGAUAUAUGGGCCAUUUGAUUCUUCCAGCCGAGAUUUGUGGGUAAACAUUGAUAAAAUGGAAAAAGAUAAGGUGAAGAUUCAUGGAAUACUCUCCAAUACCCACCGACAAGCUGCAAGAGUGAAUCUGUCCUUCGAUUUUCCAUUUUAUGGCCAUUUCCUACGUGAAAUUACUGUUGCAACUGGGGGGUUUAUUUACACAGGAGAAGUUGUGCAUCAGAUGUUAACAGCAACACAAUAUAUUGCACCCUUGAUGGCCAAUUUUGACCCCAGCGUUUCGAGAAAUUCUACUGUAAGAUACUUUGAUAAUGGCACUGCACUAGUUGUUCAGUGGGAUCAUGUACAUCUACAAGAUAACUACAAUCUGGGCAGUUUCACUUUUCAGGCAACUCUUCUCAAUGAUGGUCGUAUAAUUUUUGGCUACAAAGAGAUUCCUGUCUCAGUGACCCAGAUAAGUUCAACUAAUCAUCCUGUUAAAGUGGGGCUGUCAGAUGCAUUUGUGGUUCUCCACAGGAUCCAGCAAAUUCCUAAUGUUCGUAGAAGAACAAUCUAUGAAUAUCACAAAGUGGAGCUUCAGAUGUCAAAGGUCACCAAUCUGUCAGCAGUUGAGAUGAUUCCUCUGCCCACUUGUCUUCAGUUUAACAGCUGUGAACCCUGUAUAAUGUCUCAGAUUGGUUUCAACUGCAGCUGGUGCAAUAAACUCCAAAGGUGUUCCAGUGGCUUUGAUCGUCAUCGUCAAGACUGGGUGGAUAGUGGUUGCCCUGAAGAGUCAAAACUUAAGAUUUGUGAAAAUACAGAGACAACUCAAAUGCCUCUUCAUAUUACAACUGCACAACAGCAAACCACGAUGAGAUUCAGAGUUUUAACAACUACCAAAGGAACCAUUACAUCACACCUGCCAACUAGUCUACCCACGGAAGAUGAUACCAAGAUAGCUCUACACCUAAAAGAUAAUGGAGCCUCUACAGAUGACAGCACAGAAGAAAAGAAAAGUGCCUCUCUUCACACUGGCUUAAUUGUUGGGAUUUUCAUUCUGGUUCUGAUAGUAGCUGCAGCAAUCCUUGUGAUUGUUUAUAUGUAUCACCAUCCCACCUCUGCAGCCAGUCUCUUCUUCAUUGAGCGUCGCCCAAGCAGAUGGCCUGCAAUGAAAUUUCGGAGAGGAUCUGGACACCCCUCAUAUGCUGAAGUGGAACCAGUUGUGGUCAUCAAGCCUACAACUCUGCACAGUUCACUGGAGAAGAAGGAGAAGAAGAAGAAGAAGAAGCAAAAUGAAUAGGUUGAAACAUCACUGUAGCUUCACAGAAUUUUGACAAAAACUCUGACUCAAAGGGACCAAAAAAGGGAGGGGUGAAAAUAAAGUUUAUCUCUCUGUGGCAGGAAAAACUGUGACUAGAUAAGUGUGUGCCUAUUCAAUAUCCUGUUCAAAUUAUACUUGUUGGUAGGCAACUUCAAAAGCCUUGCUUUUCUUCCCAAUAUUUUUCCUAAUUUAGUGAAAGAAAGCUGCAAAAGAUUAUGAUGUAUUUUCCAUUUCAUACUGUAUAGUGUGUCUGCCAAGUUUAGUGGAAAAGUUCUAAUUUUAGGAAUAGUAUAAUAUUUAAUUUAAUUAACAAAUGGCAUACCAUCCUUCAGGAUAAAAAUUGGCCAUAUACUUUAUUAUAUUCUAAGAGACUCAGGAAAAUUUCUUAUGAUGUGCAGUUUAAACAAAAGAUUUGCAAACAUAUAGCCAAUUUUGUACACUUGGUGUGAUUUUAAGAUGAAAUGUCACCUGACCAAGAAAAAGAUAAUCCAACCCAACUCCUCCUAAUCUAGAUUUCUCUAGAAGUUUGUAGUUCAUGGCCAUUGAUUGACAGUUGUAGAAUGCACAACUGAAGUUGGGGAAGUCUGGUUCAAGCAAAGCCUAAACGGUAAUAAGAAUGGCUUUAAAAAGGAGAUAGGAACGUGGUUAGGUAAAGUCAAUAAAGGGAAAGUUGAAUAACAAGUCCUCCAGUUAUUUUCCAUUUCUUGAAAUGAACUUUUAAAGACUGACUUCUCAAAGCCUGCCCAAGGUUCAACUAAGGGGAAAAACUGAAGUGGGGGGGGGGAGAUCAAAAAGUAAAAGGACAAAGAUACAGAAACAGAAGCAAUUUAAAAAGCAGCUACAUGAGCCUAGAAAUAGAUGCAGCUACUUUAAUGGUUCAAAGAAAGUGACUUUAUAAAUAUUCCCUCAUGUUUCAAAGUAUGUCUUUUUGCAGGAUUUUCACAGAUAUGUUAGAUGAUGACUCAUCUGUUGGUUCAAUCUCAGGAAAGAAGCGCUUUACAUUCUGAGGAAAAUGUUUGAUAAGAUCUCCCUUAAAGAUCUGAUGCCACCUCAGGUCUCCAAGACAAUAGUAACUUACUGCUUGUAAUCUCACUCAAAGGAGAAGCUUUUUGGCUGAAAUGUUUGCUUUCUGAGGUUUUCCAUUAUCAGAAGGGUUACUGUUGAAUGUGAAAAACAUAGCUUUUAUAUCUGAAAAUCUUUUAUUACUGUAACCAGUUCAGAACAACAAACACAUAAUGGAAAAUUUCUAUAAUAAUCACAAAGAUGUAACAAAUUUAAAAGAAAAUUGUUUCAAAUGAAACAUUUAUAAACUAUUGACUUGCUCUUAUUCAGAAGCACAAAUGAAUGUGCCGGUGUUUCAUCUAUAGUUUCUAGAUGUGACAUUUGUAACAUUUAAAUUUCAUAUCAUUCCAGAGACUUGUUCCUGCCAACUCAGAGCAAUGAUCAUCUCUCCUAGCACAUUAUUUUUACAAUUCUGUGGCUUUAAGGACCUUUAGUAAUUAGAAAUAGAUUAAAAUUUUGGGCAGAAGCCAUCAGAAAUUCUGCUUUCAUUUUCCCCAACAGUUUCAUUUCUUUGGAAAUACAAGGCAAUAUAUCUUGUCCCUUUCUGAUUUAUCUUAAAAAUCAAAUCUAGGUCAAAUUAUAAUUAUAUGAGUCACUGCCCCAAAUUGCUUUUAAGUUAUUUGCGGCAGGAAGUUAUUUCAAAACUGAAAUAUUUUGAAACUUGAAUAUUGGUGAAAAACAAAAAAAAUAUGAGAUUAAUUGGAUUUUGGGCUAUCUCCAGAACAUGUAUUCAUGUUUAUCACAACUUUCCUUCAGAAAUAAAAGACAGAUCAACUCUCAUUUCAACCCUGAGCUACAAAUAUUCUCCUUUAUUGGUACUUCAGAUUAACUCUCUUUUCUUUCCAGUUGAUAUGAGAGAUCCUGUCCUAUUGAAAGCAGCUAACACCUGAGAAUUGGGCCAAUAUAUUAAUCAUUUAUGUUCAUACUGUUUAACCAAUAGACAUAUUCCUAUGAAUCCUUUGAUUCCAAAUCUGAAAUCUUGAGAAAUAAAUUUAUUGCAGAGUGUACUUGGAUAUAAUCCACAUUCUACUUUACUACACUGCUUGCUAAAUUCUGUUUCUUCCUGUGAAGCAAAAAUUGUAAUGAAAUUACAUCUGGUAGUCUUGUAACUCUGAUUAUUUUUGUUAUAAUUAAAACAGCUGGUCAAAAAUAAAGAACCCUUUCAUGCAC